UACCUACAUAAGUAUGUUAAAGUGGAAAAAGGUAGCACGUGUUUUUACUAAAGUUUUGAGGCAGUUCGUUAAACUGAAUAAGAUGUGAUCUACUUCUCAGAGAGAAGUCAUCUUAGCCUAAUCGUUAUGCAUGAGAAAAUUUUCAUGAUUUUCUGCUCUUGGAGUAUUUUUGUGAAAAUUCAAACAUCUGCUGAAGACUUGAAUCACUUUCCAAAUGAUUUUAUGUUCGCUGCUUCCACUUCGGCUUACCAAGUAGAAGGAGCAUGGAACGUGGAUGGAAAAGGAGAAAAUAUUUGGGAUCGGUACACUCACAAGUAUCCUGAUGCAAUAAAAGAUGGACAGAAUGCUGACGAUGCUGCCAAUUCAUAUUAUUGGUAUAAAAAUGAUUCUGUGCUAUUGAAGAAAUUUCAUUUCCAGGUAUACCGAAUGUCUAUAAGCUGGACUCGGAUUUUACCCAAUGGUGACAAGAGUUUUAUCAAUCAAAAAGGAAUUGAUCAUUACAAUCGUGUGAUAGAUGAUCUAUUCUCGAAAGGAAUACAACCGAUGGUGGUAAUAUACCAUUGGGAUUUGCCACAAAAAUUGCAAGAUUUAGGAGGCUGGCUGAAUUCGUCAAUUGUUGAUUACAUCGAAGAUUAUGCUGAUCUGAUUUUUCAUCAUCUUGGUAAUCGGGUGAAAUGGUGGAUUACACUGAACGAGCCUACAAGUAUUCUUAAAGGUUAUAUCAGUAACAGAACUGUAGCACCUUCAUUAGGCUUAGGUACACCUUCUGAUUACAUCGUAGUUCAUAAUCUUCUGUUAGCCCACGGACGUAUUUAUAAACUGUACAAAAACAAGUAUAAAAGGUGGCAGAGAGGUAAGAUCAGUAUGACGAUCGAAUAUGAAACCUGUUAUCCAAAAACGUCUUCAUGGGAGAGUAAGUCUGCUGCGGAAAGAUAUUUCCAAUUUAUGGUCGGAAUUUUCGCUCAUCCUAUUUACUCUGGCGAAGGAGAUUACCCGUUGAUCGUUCGUGAUAUAGUCAAUGAUAACAGCAAGACAGAUGGCUUGAAUAAAUCAAGACUUCUUGAAUUCACAAAAAAAGAAAAGGACGAUCUGAAGGGUGCCUUUGAUUACUUCAGUUUGAAUCAUUAUACAAGUUUUUUAUGCAGCACACCCCCUAAUAAUGAGUCUGUAGACAGCGACAGCUGGUAUUCUAUGUUUAGUCGAGAUUUAAAUGUUAAUGUAGAACCAAUACCUUUCAAACCUAAGACAAGUGAAACCGAGUUGUAUGUAACUCCAGUCGGAUUCCGAGAUGCACUUAAGAAAAUUUCACAAGAAUACAGUUUCCCAGAAAUUUUUGUGACAGAAAAUGGUUACAGCGAUGUAAGCCCGUCACAGGAUUACAAACGAAUAAUAUUUCAUCAGCUUUAUCUCCAAGAACUUCUCAAAGCGUUGUACUUGGAUAGUUGUAAAAUAAUCGGCUACACUGUGUGGUCUUUUCUUGAUAAUUUCCAGUGGCUAGCUGGAUACACAUCGAAAUUUGGAAUAGUACGAGUUGACUUCAAUUCAACAGAAAAAACUAGAACGCCAAAAUUAUCUGCCAGUUGGUUUAAAUCGCUUAUAGACCGUCGAAAAAUACCAGACGAGAGGGAUUGGAUGCUUCGAAAUUGAUGCAUUUUAGCAUUGGCUAAAAGAACGGUACCAUCGUACAUAAUGGUCCAAUAGCAAUAGUUAUUUACUACACCUGACCAGUAUGUCUUCAACCAAUCGCCCUGUUGACCAAAAAUCCCUCAAUAAGGAUGGAAGAAGAGGCACAAAAUUCACAAGUUUUGAAGAAUGCUAUGCCGGUAUCAGAUUAUGUAUUGUGUAUGUUUUUGAACAUCUAGGACUGCAGAUUCAAAUGUAAGGUCCAAUGAUCUUCAAAAAGAAAUUCUGUGCCAUUGAAAAUAUAGAUAUUGAUACCCACAA